CGAACUGAGCCUCAUUGAAGGGACUUCGUGUGUUUCGGAUGCAAAUUAUUUAGCGAAACAACCGCGGGUGUUUGAAGGUAAGAGUUAUAUGAAUUUCUUCAGAUCGAACCUCCUUGCUUCUGCAUUUAAAUCAUCUCUGAUUCACAAACCCACCUUCAAACCCACCAUUGAUCUUUCAAUUUUGGAGUUUCAUAUGAAGCAAUGUCAGAACAUCAAGCAAUUCGAUCAAGUUCUAUCUCAGAUGCUUCUAACUGGGUUAAUAAGAGACACUUACGCCGCAAGCAGACUAAUCAAGUUCUCAACGGAAUUUCCCUUCAUUCACAUCGAUUACACUCUCCGAAUCUUCAACCUGAUUGAGAACACGAAUUGCUUCAUGUGGAAUAUGAUGAUGAGAGCUUAUAUUCAAAGAAACUCGCCGCAUUUUGCUUUGAGUCUUUACAAAUCGAUGUUGUUCAAGUAUCUGGAGGCUGAUAAUUACACUUACCCGCUUCUGAUUCAGGCUUGUUCAAUCCGUCGGUCAGAAUGGGAAGGAAAACAGGUACAUAAUCAUGUUAUGAAGCUGGGUUUUGAUUCAGAUGUUUAUGUUCAAAAUACUUUGAUUAAUUUUUUUUCUGUUUGCUCGAAUAUGAGUGAUGCCCGCCGGGUGUUUGAUGAAAGUACUGUUUUGGAUUCUGUGUCAUGGAAUUCAAUUUUGGCUGGGUAUGUUCAAGUAGGGAAUGUAGAGGAGGCUAAGUGUAUGUAUGAUCAAAUGCCAGAGAAGAGUAUAAUUGCUUCGAAUUCUAUGAUUGUUUUGUUUGGCAACAAAGGACUAGUGGUUGAAGCGUGUAAACUGUUUGAUGAAAUGCCUGAGAGAGAUAUGGUUACAUGGAGUGCCUUAAUUGCUUGCUAUGAACAAAAUGAGAUGUUUGAGGAGGCUAUGAGAACAUUUGUAGGAAUGCAUAAAUUUGGUGUAAUGGUGGAUGAAGUUGUAACAGUUAGUGCUCUUUCUGCUUGUGCAAACUUACUGAUUGUCAAUAUGGGGAAAUUGAUCCACAGCUUGGCCUUGAAAAUUGGAAUUGAAUCUUAUAUAAACCUUCAAAAUGCUUUGAUUCAUAUGUACUCGAAAUUUGGGGAUAUAACGGUGGCACGAAAACUAUUCGAUGAAGCCUACUUGCUAGACUUGAUAUCUUGGAACUCUAUGAUCUCGGGGUAUUUGAAAUGUGGUUUAGUUGAGAAUGCCAAAGCCAUAUUUGAUUCCAUGCCCAAGAAGGAUGUUGUGUCAUGGAGUUCUAUGAUAUCAGGCUAUGCACAACAUGACCUUUUUUAUGAGACUCUCACACUUUUUCAGGAAAUGCAAAUGAACGGCUUCAAACCAGACGAGACCACGUUAGUAAGUGUGAUAUCUGCAUGCACUCGCUUGGCUGCCCUCGAGCAAGGGAAGUGGGUUCAUGCUUAUAUAAAAAAGAACGGUCUCACUGUUAAUGUUAUUCUAGGUACAACUCUCAUAGACAUGUAUAUGAAGUGUGGAUGUGUUGAAAGUGCCUUGGAGGUUUUCGACGGGAUGGUUGAGAAAGGGGUUUCGACUUGGAAUGCUCUAAUUCUUGGGUUAGCUAUGAAUGGGUCGGUAGAAAGCUCGCUUGAGAUGUUUUCUAAUAUGAAAAAAGGUCAUGUAACACCUAAUGAGAUCACAUUUGUGGGAGUACUUGGUGCUUGUCGACACAUGGGUUUAGUAGAUGAAGGGCGGCAUCAUUUUCAUUCAAUGAUUUAUGAUCAUAAGAUAAGACCCAAUGUUAAACUCUAUGGGUGCAUGGUUGAUCUUCUAGGGCGUGCAGGUAAGCUUCAAGAAGCCGAGGAGCUUCUCAAUCGUAUGCCGAUGACACCAGAUGUUGCUACUUGGGGUGCCUUACUUGGGGCAUGUAAGAAACAUGGUGAUAGUGAAAUGGGAAGAAGGGUUGGGAGGAAGCUGAUUGAGCUUCAACCUGAUCAUGACGGGUUCCACGUGUUGUUAUCGAACAUAUAUGCUUCGAAAGGGAAAUGGGACGAUGUUCUUGAGAUUAGGGGCAUGAUGACAAAACAUAGAGUUUUAAAGACUCCUGGUUGUAGCAUGAUUGAAGCAAAUGGAGUCGUUCACGAGUUUCUGGCUGGAGAUAAAACGCACCCCGACAUGGAUGCAAUUGAGGACAUGUUAGGUCAAAUGGCUAUGAAAUUAAAGCUAGAAGGUUAUACACCUGAUACAAAUGAGGUUUUGCUUGAUGUUGAUGAAGAAGAGAAGGAGAGUACUCUGUUUAGACAUAGUGAGAAGCUAGCCAUUGCAUUUGGCCUUAUUAAUAUUAGUCCACCAACACCAAUCAGGAUAAUUAAAAACUUGAGGAUUUGUAAUGACUGUCACACUGCUGCAAAACUAAUCUCCAAGGCUUUUUGUCGUCAAAUCGUGCUGAGAGAUCGACAUCGCUUUCAUCACUUUGAACAUGGAAUUUGUUCGUGCAAGGAUUACUGGUAGCUCAUGAGGAUUCGUUUUACUUGAACAACUUGAUUCUUUGAGAUUAUUUUGGCAGCACUUCUCUUGAUCUUCACUGGACUGGUAACUCAUUUGUCUCUUUGAGGUCUUGCAAGCCGCAGCUCACGAAGAUGGUUUCGUUUCAUAUUUCCAAAGAGGGUGAACAGUUUGCUACAAACUCUACCAUGGAUGGUUAUUGGUUCAAAGGCUGCAGCAUGAUUAGAACGUAACGGGCAAGGAUCGGUUGAGAAUGACCGCCUAGAGACUUAAAGAUGAUGAUGGUUCUCUACUUCCUGAACAUAAACUAUGCCUUCAAGGCUACAAGAGUAGCUUCGGUUGUUUGUUUUCAACCGUAGUUGUUAUUUUGGAACGCAUACUUUCUCUCAAUAAAUAAGGUCAGAUUCGACUAAACACAAGACGGGUAAUUCAAAGGAACAUAUGCUUUGAGGAUGGAUAUCGAUGUCGUAUCCAUCAUAUGCUCGUGUAAGAUUGUACAUAGGUUGGGUUGGGUUGGGUUGGGCUGGGCUGUUGAACUUUUUUUGGAUUAAUUCAAAAGUUGGGGUUAGGUUGGGUCGGGUUA